AUGAGUAAUGUCGUGUGUAGCCAUCCGGUUCCGAUUCCGCGGCGAAAGCGACGGGAGUAUUAUGUCCCCUGGCGGCAGUUUGGGAAGGGACUAACUCCAGAGCAAGAGUGCUGUUCUGCACCGGUCGUACGGCCUGUUUCUAGAGAAGAGGUGGACGCCUUCCUCCGCGCAGAGCACUAUUCAAGUUACUACGUGCAUCCUGUCAGAGGAGCCCAGACUCCGUGUGGACUCCAGUGGCCGAGAUUCCUGAAACAUGCUGACCGUGCCGAGAUUGACCAACAGUGGCCGCAAGGAGCGGCAGGCGACAUGGUGGCCAACAAACGGGAUCUGCUGGAGGAGGAAGAUGGCCACGGAGUAGAGGGCGAGAGGGGAGAGCGGGUGUGCGCGGAGGCGGCUGACACGCCGGCCCGGAAGAGUCGACUGCAAGACCUGAAGGGCGGCGAGCACAAGGUGGAGAAGCAGGAGGAGAAGAGUGGGGCACAGUGGGGACGCAGUCUCCUGCGCUGUCUGCUCAAGUAA